UUGUCUCCUUACUUUUUAGUUUCUAUCCGCAAUUCCUUUCACUUCGUUGUGAGAAAUUCGCUUGUCAUUUUUUUUUGUGCUGCGUGCCGUGGUCCUUCUUGUUAUCAUUGACAGUGUUGCACAUGUUAUUCCCUUUUAGUGCAACACAAUGGCCACACAACGUGCACUUCCUCAGAGUAAAGAAGCGUUAUUGAAAUCAUACACGACGAGGUUAAAGGACGACGUGAAGUCCAUGCUGGAAAAUUUCGAAGAGAUAAUUAAACUUGCAAAAGGAGAAAAUGACUCUCAACUAUCUCGAAUGACACAAUGCGAGCAAGAUACAUAUGAAAUGCAUGUCAGAGCAGCUAAUAUUGUGCGUGCUGGCGAAUCAUUAAUGAAAUUAGUCUCUGACAUAAAGCAAUAUUUAAUUCUGAAUGAUUUUCCAUCUGUAAAUGAUGCUAUAAUACAAAACGGCAAAUUAUUUAGGACUAAGCAAGUAGAAUGUGAUCAAAAACUAGCUUCCUUGAGGGACGACAUGGCUGCGGAUUUAUACGAUUUGGAAGAGGAAUAUUAUACUUCCAUAUACAAAUAACACUAGUUUAAGUUUAAGCUUAAUUUAAUGCUAGUCCUGUAAUAUAUUUGAGACUGUUUUCUAAACUCGAAUCACAAAAUAUGACUCAUUCAUUCAACUUGUACAUUGUCCAUUUAUUUAAAUAAAUAGAAUUAAUUUUUUAUAACGUUUUACUGCUUUCUUUUAAUCUUAUGGAGAUUUAUAGAUGAUGAGAGUCCUGAAUAAGAAAUAAGGAGUAAUUGUCUCUUUUAUUACUUCGAUAUUUUGUAACACAUAGACGAUACAUCACACAAUACUUUUACAUAUUUAAUAAUAUAAAUUCAAGCUUCAGUUAUUAAUAGUCACCUCACAAUCGUUUCCACUUAUUAUUGUUUACUUGAAACGUAUCUCAUGAUUCUGUACAACGGUAAUUUACAAAACUGUUACACAGCUCUCCUGAAUUGGAGCAAGGAGAUUACAAUUAUGAUUAAUUAAUUGACAAAUUAAAAAAAGAUCUAUACGUAUAUAGUUUCAAUUUGGAAUGUUGCACAAACGUAAUCUGACUUGCUUUUUGCAAUGUUCGUGUAUUGUAGCAACAAGAUACAAAGAGUAUCAACAACUUGUUGGGUCUGACGAAUAAUUGGAAAUUAUGUUUUAUACUAGAAAAGAUUAACAAAAAUAUCACAGUGUAAGACACAACGCUGUGACACAAGAACGAGUCUUUCAAACAACGUAAACUAUUCGGUGAACUGGUACAGCAUCUAAAUAAAGUAAAUAUAUUUGAAAUUCUAACAAAACGCGGCAGCAGUUUACUUUUAAUGCACCUUCGUAAUAAAUUAUCUUUUUAUCGCGUUCUCUUGCUUGAAUCAGUCCACUGUCCAAGUCAUAAAAUCAUAUCGGUACAAUCAUAACUACAUAUCGGUACAAUCAUACAUUAUUAAAUACCUACACCUACACGAUUCAAAACAAUAUUUUCAAUUAUCCAUGGUAACGCAUCCGAGAUGUGCUUCAUAGAUGAUAGAAGAAAUUAACACAAAA